AACAACUCCUGGUACCGACAUCAACCAUGGGUCAUCGGGCUUCGAUCUUGCCAUUGUCAUUGGCACCAUUCCCCUUCAUACGCUUUUUCCUGCACUACAGUCGUUGGAACGUAUCAAGAUAUCACGGUGGACGAUGACCUGGGCGCGGCAAGCCUUCGAGAGCUUCCGUCUCAGUGGCCGUGUGUUAGGUGGCGGCAUUGCAAGCAACCGCUGCUGCCCUAUCUCUUGCGCCGUUCUUGCCAGACGAUCGAUCACUUCUGGUAUUGACAGCCUGUCCACCCUCUCAGGCGGUCCGUACAGCAGUCGCGUGAAGCCUUACUAUGUCACUACUCCCAUCUUUUACGUCAACGCCGACCCUCACAUCGGUCAUUUGCAUUCUGAUAUCGUCGCCGAUGUUCUCACAAGAUGGAGCCGAUUGCGAUCGCGCGGCGUCUCUCCAAGAGCAGGUGCUCCAGGCGACAUACUCCAUGCGCGAUCCCUCAAUCCAGUGUUAACAACCGGGACAGAUGAGCACGGUCUCAAAAUGCAAAAGGUCGCAGAAGCUCUUGGGGAGCAUCCUCAAAAGCUCUGUGAUCGAGUCAGUCAGCGCUUUCGAGCAUUGGCGGAUGCAAGCAACAUCAAUUACACCCGCUUCAUUCGUACAACGGACUGCGAUCACAAAGCGGCUGUACGACAUUUCUGGAAGCGGCUGGAGCAACGUGGAUACAUUUACAAAGGCAGUCAUGCCGGGUGGUAUGCCGUGUCAGACGAGGCCUUCUACCCUGAAGCUCAAGUCACAGAUGUGAAGGAUGAAGUCACUGGAGAGACGUACAAGAUUGCCAUUGAAACCGGACAACGUGUGGAAUGGGCAGAAGAAGAGAAUUACAAGCUCAAGCUGUCCGAAAUGGCUCCGCACCUUCUGCAAUGGUUGGAGCAGACUCCUUCGCCUGUGCAACCACACAAAUAUCAUGCGCAAAUUGUGGCAGAAGUGAAAGCGGGCUUGCAGGACCUUUCAAUCUCCCGCUCAUCGUCUAGACUCUUCUGGGGCAUCCAAGUGCCAGAUGACGCCAGCCAGUCCAUCUAUGUCUGGGUGGAUGCUCUUACAAAUUACCUCACUGCUACUGGAUACCCUUGGCUGGGCUCCAGAGGUGAUGAGAAACAGAGCGCGUGGCCAGCAGAUGUGCAUGUCGUGGGCAAGGACAUCCUCCGCUUUCAUGCCAUCUAUUGGCCAGCGCUCCUGAUGGCAGCAGGGCUCGAGCUGCCUCGCGUCGUCCUGACCCAUGCCCAUUGGACCAAAGACAAGUCCAAGAUGUCGAAGUCGCGUGGUAACGUAGUCGACCCUUUCAAAGCUCUAGAUGCCUAUGGGGUGGAUACGAUGCGUUUUUUCCUUAUGCGCGUCGGUGGGAAUUUCGCUAAUGACUCAGAUUACUCGCAUCACACACUUUUGGAGUUUCAUCGCAAGUGUCUUCAAGGCCAGUUGGGCAAUCUCCUGUCACGGGUGAUGGCUCCGAAGAUCGUGUCCAAGCUCUUACCGGCGGGAACAGCGUUGCACGAAGACGAAGUCAUUGUCGAGCUUGCGCGACCUGCAGUUGGAGCUGGCAAUGGCCCUGUCGAGCAGCUGGUCUCUGCUCUCACUGCGCUACCAGCAAAUGUCGAUGAGCACAUGGAGCGUUUUGAGCUUUCAAAAGCAUUGGAAGUGAUCUUCGAGGUUAUUGCAGUGGCAAAUGAGAUGAUUCAGCAUCUCCAGCCAUGGUCGCCCAACACUGCGAACGAGAAUGUAGCACGCGCGGUAUACUUUACAAGUGAGACGCUGCGGAUUUGCGGGUUGCUUCUGCAUCCAUUCAUGCCAAGCAAGAUGGAAGAGUUAUUGCUCACUCUUUGCAUCGAAAGAGGCGGUACGACGACAACAGAAGGCGAUACGGGUGCGCGUAGCUGGGAAAGCUUACGAGUAUUGAGGGAGAGCAUCAAAGUGCAAGUAUCGAAAAAGAAGGUGCAACAUCUAUUUCCCAAGCUGGACAUUCCAGAGGAGUCAUGAUGCGUAGCUCACCAUUGCAAUACAUUAUGCGUCCUGGGCGCUGCUCGCCAAGCGCGCCCUCCUGUGGAUGCC